AUGGCUGAAGAAAUUUAUGAUUUCAUUAUCGUCGGUGCCGGUCCAGCCGGAUGCACCCUCGCCUCAACCCUAGCACGAACAAUUGCCGAACCGCGGGUCCUCCUCCUCGAAGCGGGCAGCAAAAACGACGACAAAUCGCACCGCGUCGUCGGAAAGCGAUGGAUGACUUUCCAGGAAGAGUCUAUGAAUUGGGGAUACAAAACUACGCCCCAGGAUGGGUGUGAUGGCCGUGUUCUGGAUUAUUCCCGUGGAAAGGGGUUGGGUGGUGGGUCCGAAAUCAAUUUUGGGCUUUAUAGCGUUGGUGCGAGAGAUGAUUAUGAGUCUUGGGCAGAGAUUGUGGGGGAUGAGGGGUUUGGGUGGGGUCCGAUGCAGAGACGAUUUAAGAGUCUUGAGACGUUUGGGAUGGGGGCUUUCCUUGCCUCAAAAGAAGUCAUUCUAUGCGCCGGAUCUCUUGACUCUCCCAAAAUCCUCAUGCAUUCAGGUAUUGGCCCAGCAUCCGAACUAAAGAAAUUUGACAUCCAAACCGUCCACGACAUACCUGCCAUCGGCCAAGGACUAAAAGACCACUUCUUCGCACCCCUUCUGGUCUCACGAAACCCAGAGACGAACGACCGAAACGCCUUCUUCAAGAGUGAAACCGCCAUGGCCGACGCCAUGAAGCAAUGGGAAGAAGAUGGGACUGGACCCUGGUCAAAAUACGGAUGCCAGCUCACAAUAGGCUGGUUCAAAUCCGACACCAUAACCUCGACCGAUGAAUUCAAAGCACUGCCAAAAUCCGAACAAGAAUUCAUGAAUCGUGAAACCAUCCCUCACUACGAGAUCGUCGCGGGAUUCCCUAUCCAUCUCCUAUUUCCGGGGAUGUUGUCGGAUUAUAGCUACACCUGUCUAGCCGUCUUCCUUAUGAACGAACAAUCAGCCGGCGAGGUGCGACUUCAAUCGUCGAAUCCGGACGACCCACUCCUCUUUGACCCGAAGAUUCUAUCGCAUCCCUUUGACCAGCGCGCCGUGAUUCAUAUGUAUCGCCAUCUGCUGGAGAUCUCGAAGCAUCCUUCUUUCGCCAAGGAUACUUUGGCUACUAUUUUGGGACCCAAGUCCGAGUCUGAUGACGAUAUUUUGCAAUUUUGGAAGGAUCAUACUUCUUCUUCGUGGCACAUGAUGGGGACGGUCAAGAUGGGAAGGACUGGGGAUAGUGAUGCUGCGGUUGACAGUGGGUUCCGUGUUUUCGGGGUUGAAGGCUUACGCGUGGCUGAUAUGAGUGUCGUGCCUGUUCUUACCAAUAACCAUACGCAGGCCACAGCGUAUGUCACUGGUGCGACUUGUGCGGAUGUUUUGAUUAGGGAAUAUGGAUUGGAUCAGUGA